AAAUAAAAAACCUCAAAUAGAGUUGAACUCUAAUCAAAGAUAAAAUCCCUAAAAUCCAACAUAACUCUAAGAACAGUGAUUUAGAGCGCGCGAAGUUAUCGCGGGAGGAGGAUAGCAACAAAUCGGAGAAACCAUUGCAAUGUCGACUGAUCAACGACGUCGAAGAAAGGUGGUACCUGGGAUUAAUGGAAUCGUUCCGAAAUUCAUCAAAGUAAUAUAUGGACCUGAUACUUUGAUUGUUUCGUUGAGACUUCCGGAAAGGUUUCUUGAUGCAGUAGGAGGUAGAUUACCAAAUAAUGUAGUUCUCCAAUACCCAAACGGGCGUGAGAUACACGUGCAUUACCAACGCAUUAAUCAGAGCUUGGUAGAUCUUGACCCUCUUUUCAAUGAACUUGAAGGAGAGGAAGGUUUUUAUCUCCUCUUCGAAUAUAAUGGCAAUGGGUUGUUCUCAUUGAGUGUGAUUGAUAAGGCAUUAACUGAAGUGGAGUAUCAACAUUCGAGGAAAAUACCAAGGGCCCCUGUUUUAUACCAAGAUAAAGUCAAUGGUAAAAGGUGGAAAUUCAUGGCUCGUGCACUUGGUCAGACUUUCGAGAAUGGAUCUGUAGAGAUAUUAUGGUUGUUGCUCAUCUUGGUGGGGGGAGUUUCGCAAUGGAUCUUUAUGAUCACAGUAAGACAGAAAAUAAUGACUUUCAAUGAGCCAAUCAUUAUUGAUUCAGACUCAGAAUACGAUCUAGGUGAAUUAGAGGAAGCUGAAAUGGCAGCUCAAAUCCAAGAAGGAAUAGCAGUGGGUGAUGCUGGGAUGGACAUGGAGGGAAAUGCACCUCAAGGUGAGGUAGGACAAAACGGUGAUAACAUUGAAAACAAUGAUCAGAUAAGGCAAUUCACCAAAGUCUUAACUCAAAGCAACACAGACCAAAGCAGCCAUGGAGUGAUAAUUCCAUUUAGUGUGAAGCCCAGGAAUCGAGGGUGGAAAGCGGGUGAACAGGUUAGCUUAAUCACAGGAUUAGGAAGCUGGACAUGUACAUUGGAAAUGCAUCAUAAAUGUGCACGCUUCUCUGGAGGCUGGAACAAUUUCAGCCUGGAGAACGACCUGGAAAAGGAUCAGGUCUUGAGGUUCAAUCUAGUUGAGGCCGAAAACAGUAUUGUAUUCCAUGUCAACUAAAGAACUAUUUUAAUGUGUUGUAAUCUACUUGGACAGCUUUUAAGUUUUGAUGAGGUUGUGAUUUACUUAGGUUUGUUUGGGUGGAAUACAGAUUUUUAAGAAAGUUUGAUGGAGACAAAUUGUGUUUAAAAGUUUAUGAUUAACUUUAUAUAGUUUAUUAGUUUAAUAUUAAUUUCUGA